UCAAAAUACAAUGGCGUCGCACUUCAGCGGAGUACUGCAACUCACAGACCUGGAUGAUUUUAUCACUCCGUCUCAGGAAUGUGUAAAGCCUGUAAAAGUGGAAAAGAAACAAGGACGAUCUGUUGCUAAAAUCCAGAUAGAAGAUGAUGGCAGUUAUUUUCAAGUACAUCAGGACGGCCAAAAGCAAAAGCUGGAGAAAGCGAAGAUCACUCUGAACGACUGUCUUGCAUGCAGCGGCUGCAUCACAUCUGCAGAAAGUGUCCUUAUCACCCAACAGAGCCAUGAGGAGCUGUAUCGCGUGCUGCGUCAUAAUAAGCAGCAGGUUAGCACCAGCGAGCAGAAGGUGCUGGUGGUGUCUGUAUCUCCGCAGUCAAGAGCCUCACUGGCCGCACACUACGGUCUCACCAGCAACGAGGUGGGACGCAGACUCACCAGCUUCCUGAAAAACUUGGGUGUCCAUCACGUCUUCGACACUGGCUUCAGCCGCUCUUUUAGUCUUUUAGAAAGCCAGAGAGAGUUUCUAGAGCGAUUCAGAAGAAAGGAUGUAGACAAGAAGGCCUUACCCAUGUUGACGUCUGCAUGUCCCGGUUGGAUUUGCUAUGCUGAGAAGACUCAUGGGGAAUUCAUCCUCCCUUACAUCAGCACGACCCGCUCGCCUCAGCAUAUGAUGGGAUCUUUAGUCAAGAACUACUUCGGCACCCAAAAGGGUGUUGCACCACGGAAUAUCUAUCACGUGACUGUCAUGCCCUGCUACGAUAAGAAGCUAGAGGCUUCCAGACCAGAUUUCUUUCUCAAUGAGUAUGAGACCAGAGAGGUGGAUUGUGUCAUCACUUCAGGUGAGGUUCUGGAGAUGCUGGAACAGGAAAAUGUGUCUUUGAGAGACGUGGAGCCGGCCACUUUAGACUCAAUGUUUAGUAACGUAUGUGGAGUGGAGUUGCUGAGUCACGCUGGAGGUGGAUCUGGAGGUUAUCUGCACCAUGUCUUCAAACAUGCAGCCAAAGAGGUCUUCGGGGUUGAACUAGAAGAACUCACAUACAAGACUAUGAAAAACAAAGACUUCCAGGAGGUGACUUUAGAGAAGGAGGGCGAAGUGUUGAUGCGGUUCGCCGCUGUCUACGGCUUCAGGAACAUUCAGAACCUGGUGCAGAAACUGAAAAGAGGAAAGUCACCCUACCACUUUGUAGAAGUAAUGGCGUGUCCGUCAGGGUGUUUGAACGGAGGUGGGCAGCUCAAACCUUCAGCAGACCAGACCGGUAAGGAGCUGCUUCAGCAGGUGGAGGAGUUAUAUCGCUUAGAGAAAACCUCAGUCCCUGAGGAGGACACAAAGGUGGCUGAACUUUACCACGGCUGGUUAGACAGUGUGGGAGAGGAGAAAGCCAGACAGCUGCUCCAUACGCAGUAUCACGCCGUGGAAAAAAACAUCAACAGUCUCAUUAUAAAAUGGUGAGGAGCCCGAGAUGCUGAGGAACCUCUUGUUGUCUGUUUGCCUUCCGUUUCUAUGUAUAAAGUUAAUAUUUGAGACCACACCGGGCAGACCAUCUUUCAUUUAUCAUUAGCAGAUGUGUUCGUAUUUUGUACAGGCACUUGAAUAAGUAUCUUAAGUAUAUACGCAACUGUCCAUUUUCAAAGGCCCUAAGUUUCCAUACCAAUGAAUUUUUUUGUGCUAAUUGUCAUUUCUUCAGUUCUUGCUGUUUAUGUCUUUUUAUGUGGGCUGCAUUAACUAAAAAUUGUGAUAGUAUAUAUGACUAGUGUGCACAUACACAUUAAAUACUUGGUAUAUUUAUUUAAGAGUGCAUUUGUAUGUAUAAUAAAACACACUGCUUUUAUAUAAUUGUUCAUCUAUAUAUUUAUUAAAUAAAUAGAUGAAAAUCUUUA